GAUAAAGAGGCGUGACUGGGACCCGGCGUCAGUGGCGGUCGCCGCGGCAUCCAGAAUGGACGUGUACAACUCGCUCCCCGACGUAUUCACGUACCACUCGCUCAAGCACAGCGGAUACGAGUACACUUGGACGACACAGCAGGAUCACAAAGGCAGCAAAGCAUCUGCAGGGACAAAUAAAAACAAGGCUUCUUGUCCUGGAGCAAAAGCAUCAAAGGAGCCAUGUCCUAUAUGUCAAGAAAAGCAACGCAGACCUCUGUCCACCUACAUUAGAAGUAAAUCUCGCCAAGAUCACAAAAAUGAUGCCUGUAUUGAGGAAGAGACUGAUAAUCCUGAACAACAUUCACAAAAAACAGGAGAAUUAAACAUUCAGGCACAGGAUCAGCACAAAGUCAAAUAAAAUCAUAGUUGAACUACCUCUGCAGGGGUUGUAAAUUUGUAUUUUAAUACUACUUGUACAUAAUUUUUUUAGGAAUACCAUUGAAUAAGACAAUUCCAGUAACUUUAUUGUAGCACUGGAUAGUUAACAAUGCAAUCUAGAACUUGUCUGAAAUUUUACUACCGUCUCUUACAAUCCUGGUGAAGAAUGUAAAUAAUUCGAGAAUGAUAUGCAUGAAAAUGGUUAAUGUAAGUGUGAAAGAUGCUUUUCAGUACGUUCAAGUGCAAUAACAUGAUAUUUUUUUAAGAAUUUAACUGACUUUGACCAGGAAGUGUGUGUGUUAAACUGUUUACAUUCCAAGUCCAAUAAGACUUCAAAACACUAGUCAUUUACUUAACAGACUGAAUACUUGUAUAGAAUGAGACAAUUGACAUAGUUGGUUUAGCAUUUUUUAUUUUAUUUGUGUUCUGUAACAUAUUUUAAAGUGUACAUUAUUGAGAGCUGAUAGAAUGAUACACUGAGUCAUUCUCGUGCUCCCAAAAAGUGACAGAUUUACAUUUCCCUUAUUUUGCUGAAGCCUCUCUCUGAACCAUCAACGUAAAUAAAUUUUAACUGCAUCUUCAUCUUCAGUGAUGUUCAAAAGAAGUAAAAAAACUCAUGAGCAAAAGUAUCCUUUU